AUGGAUGGAACUGUCCUUAUCACCGGAGCGAACGGCUCUUUAGCCCUUGGCUUCGCACAGGCGUUCCUUUCGUUAUACCCCAACCACACACUCAUGGCGACAGUCAGAAACACGUCCUCAGAAAAAGACCCCAACACUGCCAGACUGUUCGAUCUUGUAUCGAAAUACCCCGACGCGAACGUCCACAUCGAAGCCCUCGAUCUCAGCAGCCUCUCAAACGUCCGCUCCUUCGCAGAAAAACUCUCAACUCGCAUCCAUGCUGGAGAAAUCCCCCGUCUGGCAGCUUUGAUCUGCAACGCCGCCUCUAUUUCCCUCGGAGGAGGCCAGAGAUUUACUCCCAAUGGUUACGAAAGCACCUUUCAAAUCAGUCACCUGUCGCAUUACCCACUGGUUCUGAAACUUCUUCGCAGCAUGGACGUCAACUCGGGACGAAUUGUAAUCCUGGGAUCAAUUACACACUAUGUAGAUAAACCGAAUCCUUUGUACUCGCUCAACACAUGCGUACCUGAUGACAUUGAAGAACUUGUGAAACCGGGUCCUGAUCCGCCGUCUCUGCUUUAUGACCGCGGAUUUCAGAGAUAUGGGAUAGCGAAGCUUGCAAAUGUGACUUUCGCAAACGAUCUGAAUAGAAGAUUGAAAAAGGACUCGAAUCUAUCGAACGUGACCGCUUUGUCCAUGGACCCCGGUGGACUCCCUUCAUCAAGGGGCCAAGCUGAGCAAAAAAAAUCCGUCAGACUCAUUUUCGCAAUUAUCAACUUUUUGAUGCCAGUGCUCAAGCACCUUACCACCAACUUCCGGGCGACGGAAGAUUCAGGUCUAGACCUUGUCGCUGUUAGUGUUGGCCCGGAAGUUCAUGGAAAAAGUGGAUACUUUGAUGGGCAGAAACAGGAAAGCCCUACGGUUGCUAGUGAAGAUGUGGAAUUUCAAAAAAGGCUUUGGGAUGCAUGUUGGAGAUGGGCUGGGCUCAGUGAUGGGGAAACUACUCUUCAAGGUUGCUCCUAG